GUUUACUCACUACAGCACAGUAAGGAAGACCGGCUGGCCUACCUGGACCACAUUCCUGGUGGUGAGAUCACGGUCCAGCUCCUGGUGGUUGUGUUCGGGGUGUUAGCGCUCUCCUACCUCUCGGGCUGCUACGUGCGAGUGGCUUCCCAGAUCCUGGCAGUUCUGUUACCUUUGGUUGUGCUGUUCAUUGAUGGCAACAUCGGUUAUUGGCACCGCACCUGCCACGUGGAGUUCUGGAACCAGAUGAAGCUCAUCGGGCAGAACCUCGGCAUCUUCGGAGCGGUGCUUAUUCUAGCCACAGACAGCUAAAGAUACAGGGACAUGAGCUCUGUCCAGGCAGUGCUCAGGACAAGCAUGUGUCUCAUGGGAGCAUUUGCUGAAGAUAAAGAGAAUAAUGUGCUGAAACUGACAGUGCACUCAAAGGUAUUGAGGAUACAAUUCCCAGCUUGCUCUGGAAUCUGCAAGCACAAAGUCUUCAAAAGACUGUUUACGUUUCGUUUGUUUCCAUUUUUAAUGCAUUAUUUAAAAAUUAAGAACGACUAUGGGUCUUAAAUGUUAAAUUAAAGUUGAAUGGUGAAUUAAGGGUAGUUUGGAAACACAUUGUCAGUUUUGUUACACCCCCCCCCC